AGAGGUGUUCUGUGCUGAGUUCUACUUGUCUUUAUCUUUGGUACAGAGUGUCUGUCAAUAGUUCGAUAAUCUGUGGUCUCUGCUGAGUAUUUGUUUACGUUUCGCAGCGCCCCCAUCGGUAGCUGAAUCAGAGCUGAAUUGGCGAAUAUCUUAAACAAUGUACAAUGUCGUUAAACUAACCUAAAAUAAGCAGCUUUCUCUUAGGACUUUUCUCUAAGUUUAUUUAUUUCUUUGCUUGGGAUUUACCCCACAUUUAUCUUUGGAAUUAGAGGUGCUGUUUGAUUUAGUGUUUUAAAAGUAUUGCUUUGAUAAUCUAAAUUGAAAGGAUUUGUAGUUUUAAACAUCACACGUUCGUUAGUUUUUAGCUGCAACAUGACGACCGUUCAAGUCGAAUUGCUCAAUUUUAUUGCCCCACACAUAUUCUAUGUGACUACAGAACUGAUAGGUAAUAGCAGAGCUAAUUUUCUUAGCGAUGUAUCUGCUCGCAUCAGAAAGCAGCACCAGGGAGCCCUAUUUUCAGUUGGUUCAGAUGAGAUUGUUGGAGUUAUACACGAACCAGGAUUUGCCCGAGCAGUUAUUGUCGAUUCGUCCAACUGCGAAAACAAUAGUAAUAACAUAUUUUUCUGUUGGUUAGUUGAUCACGCACAAUUAAUCAAAACGAAUACAAUUUUCAAAUUGCCUCUGGAAAUUCAAAAGGCCACUGCAAGAUGCAAAGCAGCCAGCUUGAAUAAUAUCUGCUACCUUGAAGAUCAUUUAGACUUUCGGACAACAAAAUUUGCAAGAAGUGUACCAUCCAUCGCGCCUUCCGCCGGUGUAAUUGAAUGCUGUUUAGAUUUGCUCUCCAACUACGACAAGUUGGAAUUGGAAGUUGUAGAAAACUUCGAGAAUAUGCUAAUUGGCGAAUUGAUAAUUUAUCACAAUGGCGCUGUUUAUCGUUUAUCCGAAGAGCUGUGCAAGAAGCAACUUGCCACAAUCAAUGAUCUUCUGUUUCAAAAUUUAAAGCAUAGCACCAAAGAAUACAUUAAAAAGCAUAUAGCGGCUAUUCAACAAACAUCUAAAAUUGCACAAAAACGAUUGUCUCAAAGUCCAUCAUCUGUUCCAAAUGUAAAUUCUACUAUUAUCGAUAAAUUAUCUGAGUUGGAAUUGGAAGAAAUGGACCGACGCAGUUUGACUCCUCUGGAAAAUGGUAGACGUCGGAAGUUGUUAUCUCGGUCUCCAGCUCUUUCAACUAGCUCGAGUGAUACUGAGCAAACUGUUAAAAAUGUCGCAAUAAACCCAAUAAACAUUGAAAAACCACUUGACGAAGCCAAUUGUGCUCACGCAGAAACUAAGCCUAAGAAUUUGCCUUAUCGACUCAAACUGUUAUUAGAGGAAAAAAAAUGCACAAGAAAAUGUGAGGGCAGUGAAGUGAAAGAAAUUAAGAAACCUGAUAUCCGCAAGAAGUUAAUAGCUGCUACAAAAUAUGAAAAAAACGAACAGAAUUCGAUAACAUCUCAGAAAGAAGCUGAAGCUAUAAUCGAUGAUCCUCAAAAAUAUGUUCCUAAGCCGUUGGAAAAACGGCCCGUGGAUAUUCGAAAGAAACUAAUUCUAUGUCAGAGGUCGAAGCAGAGGACUUCCACUUGCGUAGGCAAAAGUGAACAAGAUUCCAACAAUAAACAGUUUGACUCCAGCAGUACAUUUGAGGAGCCUACUGGUAUGGAUUCAAAAUCAGAAAAUUCCGUAUCAUCUGCCGAAAUGAUUCCUGAACAAUCCAGGAAAUGUCCUAAUUUAUUCCCGGCUGGCAUGGAAAGACGCAUUGAAGUUUCAAAAACAAAGAUCAAAACUUCUGAAACUGUUCCAAGUACCAGAACGAACAGUUCCGCAACAGAAAAAAACAAUACUAUUAGGUCGGCAUCGGAUGAUGACUGUCUUACGAUAAAGGUUCCAUUAAAGAGUCAAUCUACUACUGACGAUCAAUUAUCAGUUACCGAGGCCGAAAGUAAAACGGACGACAACCACAAGUCCAACUUAUAUGAACCAGCCAAUAUUUUCACCAAGCAAGAUUUCUGCAAAUUAGUUUCUGGAUGUACUUGUGUAAAAUGUCGAAUUGAUUUGGAAAACGAUGACUGGGAUGUUCCUCUUAGCUUUGAAACACCGUCCGACGAAUUGACAAUACAUUCCAAAUCAAAAGAGAAAAUAAUUAAACCUCCACUGUUGUUGAAGUCUGAGUCUGAAGUUUGUGCAGUGAUAGAAAGUCAAAUAUUGGCUAUUGAUUACAAGGGCAUGUCUUCAAUGCAAAAAGCUAUGUGUCGAAAACUUCUUGUUCACGGUGAUUCGAUACCAAUUCCAAUCAAGCACGUGGCCAACAUCAACAUUCACGCAGACAUUUACAAAAACAUCAGUAAAAUCAACUACAAGGAAUCGAAAAGAAUUCAGAUGUAUGCAUUCCCAUCGAUUACUCGCAACCAAAACGUUAUUAUGAUAAACGAUUCGCAAUCAGGCAAAACCAUGGCGUAUCUCCCCAUUUUAAUAUCAUUCAUUAUGGAGAAAGAAGAGCGAUAUAGUAAACUCAACAAAAUGGGAGGUGGGCCUAUAGUGGUAAUUAUGUGCAGCAGUUCGAAAAAGUGUGAAGAUAUUUACGAUCUAACUUGGCUGAUUUUGGGUAAACAAAAUAGAAGGAUUAGCUUGGUGACAUAUCCAGGACACGGAAACAUUAGCAACAUUGACGUACUUAUCACAAUGCCCACAGUUUUGUCAAGUUUAAUAUCUACUAGAGCAACAAAUUUUAAGCGACUUUGUCACUUAGCUUUAGAAGAUGCAGAUGUAAUGUUGAAAGACCAAACCGAAUUAAUAAAAAAAUUCAUAAACUACAGCAACCAGGUUUUAGAGAAUAGAAAUUGUCCAAAAUCCAUUCAGUUAAUUAUGUGCGCUCGGCACUGGACUCCAGAAAUCGAAAACAUGUUGCUCAGUCUGAACAAGAUACCUAUAGUUUGCAUAGGAAAUCACUUGGAAGCUGCCCUUUAUGGAAAAAUGAAGUUUACUAUGCAAUUUCUGGAAGCUAGCUGCAAAGAACAAUUUAUGCAUAACCUAUUAAAGGACACCUUCAAAUUUACGAAAUCAGUUAUAAUUUGCAAUCGUGAUGAAAUAGAUGAUGUUCAAACGUUUCUGAUGCUGAAAGGCAUAGAAUUUACAUCUUUUUCAGGUGUUACUCAGCACGAAGAUAUUCUUUAUCUUGAAAAGGUGUGGACUAAUAAAUAUCGUGGUGAUUUCUCAGUAUUAUUAUGUACGGAUGAUAUCUAUAACAUAAUAACAAUAACCAAUGCCCAUAUGUUAAUCCAUUUCUCUUUGCCAUAUUCCUGGUCUCAGUUCAUCAGGAGAUUUAGUUGCCUUUUGGAAAACAUCCAGUCACCUUUAGAUACUAAAGAGAGGAAAAUCGAAAUAAGUAGUUUUGUGUUGAUUGAUGAAAAUUGUGAAGCGAGAAUGUCCAAGUUCAGAAACUUCAUCAAAAUUGCUGGUCUUGAAAAGGCGCUUCCAGAAGAAAUCCAAGCUUACUUUCAGGGCCUCGAAAAUCAGGAGCAAAAUAACCGUGCAGACAGGAAUCUUGAACUUUGUGGAACUAUCAAGUUGUUUGGUAAAUGCGAAUCGCUCCACUGCAAAAAUCGACAUGUUUUGCGCAAAGAUUUAGAUAUAUCUGAUCUCUUGCCUCAAAACGGAAUUCUUAAAUUCAAAAUAGUCAAAAUGAUCACUGGAGCUAGCUGUUCCAUCAAACUUCUGGAACAUCUCGAUUUAGAAGGCAAAAGUGUGCAGAAAUUCGAAGAUCUGACGGAUCAAAUUACCAACGCGUUAAAUCAGCUACCUGACUGCCAUCAUGUUACUGUUCCUGUAAUAUCGCAUCUUUAUUUAUAUAAAGAUAAGGACAAGUAUUCUAGAUGUAGAUUAGUAGAGGUAAAUGAGUCGGCAUUGGUAUAUCUCCUGGAUAAAGGGAUUUAUUGCACAAGUGCAUUGAACGGAUUAUUCAAGAUGCCUGAAGAGUUAAAGAAAAUGCCUCCACAAUGCUAUGAAGUGCAACUUGCAAAUCUCAUCCCGCCAUUCGAAGAUAAACGAUUCUCGAGAUUGGCAAGAAAAAAAGCCCAGAUGUUAGUAGACCAGAACUGUAACGAUGUUGUUAUGAUCGGAACCGUUGUACUGCAAACAGCAAUGACUUUCUGGAUAGACGAUGUUUAUGAAUACCGUGUAAUGCAUGACAAAAAGUUACCUUUCAUUGGAUUUCAAUUAACAAGAGAACUGAUCAAGCAAGGCCUAGCCAUUAAGAGCAGGGAUUCAUUAGAACGUCUAUAUCAAUUAUGUAAAACAGCCCAAAUCGAUUUACCGGAUUAUAAAAUAAUAAGGCCAGUUGUAAAAAAUGUUAAAGUGGAUCAAGUGAAACCAAACUGGGCAUUUUUGGAUUUAGAGGCAAUUCACGAAGUUAUAUUUACGUUUGCCAGAAGUCCUCUCGAAUUUUAUGUGAGACAAAACAAGUUUACCAAAGAAUUGGAGCAUUUAGAAGAAAACAUUCAGAUAGAAAUCCGGAAACCAUUUUAUCCGAUACUGAAAGAUGUUUCAAUUGGUAAAUGCUGCUUAUUAAGAGACGAAGUAAAUGGUCAAUAUGCACGGGGAUAUAUUCUCAAAAUACUUGGGGAUAAGGCUGAGAUUUUAUCAGUCGAUUAUGGGGACGUCGUAGAACAGGAAAUUUCAGUAUUAAAGCAUAUCACAAACGACUUAAUUUUAAAACUACCAUUCCAAAGCAUUCAGUGCUCAAUGUAUGGUGUUAAACCUUUAGGAACGGAGUGGUGUGAUGAAGCAACUGAUUUAUUGUACCGAAUGGCAUAUACAGAAGAUGAAGAGACGUUGAGACCGCUUUUCGUUAAGAUUGAUUCAAAGCAAGAAAAUUCAGUAGUCAAGAACCAACGAUCCUAUUCGACAAUUGUUAAAGACGGAUUAUAUGGACGAGUUUUAAUUAACCAGUUGCUGGUUGACUGUGGUUUUGCUUUAUCUAAUGAUCAAGAAAUUCAAGAUUUUGAUUUACCAGAAGUGAAAUACUCUGAUGAUGAGGAAGAUGAUGAUAUUGAGGAAAUUGAACGAAACGAUUUAGUGGAUGAUAUAAAUAGUGUUCCUUGCCCAGAUAAUGGAGGAGACUUAGACUUAGACGCUUUCGAUUGUGAAGUGUUUAAUUUAGUGGACUUUAUGAUAGACAUGAAGUUGCCAGUGAAGAAACUUAAUACUACAGACAAAGCACAAAGUAGUGCAGUUUCAAAUCAAUUACCAGCAAUUAAAGCAGUUCCCGCGGUAGAUUAUCUUACGCCAGAAGUUUAUUGGUCGCAAACAAAAACUCAGAUCAAAUUAAGUAUUAGAAUUUGUGAUGUGAAAAAUGUGGAAAUGUUUGUUAAGCAUAAUAAAAGCUUCCAGUUCAGAACCGAAAAGGAAAAAGAAUAUUUGCUCAACUUAUUGCUGUUUGACAAGGUAAAAAAGUCGAUUGAAUACGCAAUACUUGGCUCUGAAGUUCGGGUAUGUUUAACCAAAAUGAAGGAAAGUGAAUGGCCUAGAUUAUUGUAUUCUGAAGAAAAAGUACUAAAAAUAUAUUACGAUAUAUCGGCAAUUAAUAUCGAGGAAGACGUAGAAGAAAGUAAAUACAGACCUUUAGAUCUAAAUAUAAGCGAUUCUAGCUCAGACGAGGAUGAAGCUGGUCCAUAUUAUUUUGUCUGUUCUGAUUUAGAUUCAGACUAUGACUUUGAUAUUCCUAAUGAUGAUGCGUAGAUUAGUUAGUAUACCGUAUACAAUUGGCUGUGAUGUAAGUCUUGUUUUUUUUUUGAUCUGAUGACUUUAGAUUUAAAUAAACUAACAUGCACGAGCUAAAUUACAAUUUUAUGCAAAGUAAUUUUUAUUACGUAGGAGUUUUUAGUGAUCGUAAUUGUUUUAUUUACAAGAUGUUACGAGAAUGUUGCGGUUGAAAAAAGACUUUCUUGGGUCAAUGUAUUGGUUGUAUUUUAGUAAUUAUCGAAAUAAGUAUAUUAUUAUUAAGUAAGUAUUUCUUAUCAUAGGAAGAGGGGUAUUUCUUUUAAUACCUUAUUCAAUACUUAUACGUGAAUCUAUUUUUAUGGAUUCAUAGUAUAACGAGAAUAUGGGUAACGAUAAACAUUCUAAUCUCCUUUGAUUUACUUAUUAUUUUUUAAAUAAUUGAGGUUGCUCAAAGCUGUUCGGUGCACUUUUGUAAAGUUAUGUUCCGCUGUGUUAAUAAUGUAUACCGUGUCCGAAAUAUAAUAAAACAUUUAAAAAAUAAUAAUAAUUUCUAUUCCUCUUACAGCAAUUGAUUUUCUUUUUAUUUUACUUAUCUUUAAAUACGAUAGAUUCAUAACACCAUAAAAAACAAUCUAAUUUGAAAUGAAAAUGUUAGAUUACUUCUUAAUAUCUCCGAGAUUAUGAAGCAUUAUAAACGAUAAAUGCCACCUGCAAAUAUUGAUGUAAGUCAGACAUUUGGCAAAACUCUGAAGUAUUGUUUGCUACAUGUUCACUUAAAUUCAGAUGCAUUUUUUCCAGUACAGCAUGGCCAAUUACAUACUUCGAGCGUUAUUAGGGAAAGAUACUGUAUUAAACAAACAGGACAAAGAAAAAGUAAAAAAGGUAGUGGAUAGCGGCUGUGGCGAUUACGACUAUGAUUCAACUCCAUUUGCAACGAGCAACGACAGUUUAAUGAGCGCAACAAAAUAUGUUAACAUCCCACCGGAAAAGUAUUUUCAUAAACAAGCUCAAAACAUUAACACUCUCGUGAAGUCUUUAGAACAAGAAAUAUCCGAAUCGAAAGAGGAUAUUCGGUAUCUCCAUAGCCACAUUUGCAGCACUGAAGAAGUAUUUCCCAAACGUUGGGAAAUGUGUAACUCUUUGGAAAAUAUUUGCAAGGAACACGUCGAAAAUAUAUCGAUGGAAAUGAUAAAAUGGAAGCGAGUAAGCGAGAGAAGUGAUAUAGAAAUGAAAGAAUUGGGCCAAAAGAUCAGUUCCUGGCAAUGUGUUAUCGGUAGGGCGAAAGAGGUGCAGAUUCAAGAAGAAGAUUUCUUUGAAUAAAUUUAUUUGUACUCUUCUCUUUGGAAAAUAAAUACAGACUACAAUACA